UCAUCCUCCUCCCUGUCAAGGAUAGUGAACACUUGGUGUUGAGCUAAUGUUUGAUGAACUAACACAAACAUACAGAGUAAAUUCUAAUCAUUUAUUUAUUUUUUUAACAAUAGCAGCUUUCCACGGUGCACUUCUCCAUUGAUAGAAGAUCUGACUUCUUUGAAUUUUUUCCAACUGGCCUCCUCACACUGGACUAGUGUGUGCCUGCCUCAGCUUUCUGGGAACUACUUACCUACCAGGCUUUAGGAGAGUUUUCUAACUGCGGUCCGAUCGUUAGCCUUUCUGAGAUCAUCAUGGGUUGCAUGUUGAAUGUAUUAAAGUGGAUGUGGUACCACAGAAACUACAUCAUCAUCGUCGUCACUCCACUCGCUUUUCUUCCUCUGCCACUUGUCAUCCCCACCUCUGAAGCAAGAUGUGGCUAUGCAAUCAUCCUGAUGGCUUUGUAUUGGUGCACAGAGUGUAUGCCUCUGGCUGUGACUGCUCUUCUCCCUGUCGUCUUAUUUCCGAUGAUGGGCAUAAUGAAAGCUGGAGAUGUCAGUGUUGAGUAUCUAAAAGACUCAAAUAUGCUGUUCGUUGGUGGGCUCCUGGUGGCCAUAGCAGUGGAGCACUGGAGCCUUCAUAAGCGCAUUGCUCUGCGAGUUCUUCUUCUUGUUGGUGUUCGUCCAGCCCUGUUGAUGAUGGGCUUCAUGAUUGUGUCAGCCUUUCUGUCCAUGUGGAUCAGCAACACGGCCACAACAGCCAUGAUGCUGCCCAUUGCUCAAGCUGUGUUGCAGCAGCUUCAGGCAACAGAGGCUCAGGCGGAAGAACGAGAGUUCUCAGCAGAGGAUAACCCUGGGUUUGAGUUGGAGACCAGAGAAAUCAAGGAGGAGAUCACAGAUGAAAAAAUGCCAGAGACAAAGUUGCCCUUGGAGAAUGGUGUGGCCGAGCAUCAAGUGCCUCCAGAGUCCACGCAGGAGUUGAGGAGAAAAGCCAUGGAGGCAAAGUACGAGCUCUUGACUAAAGGGAUGAGUCUGAGCGUGUGUUACUCUGCAAGUAUCGGAGGAACUGCUACUCUUACGGGAACCACCCCCAACCUCAUUCUCAAGGGUCAAAUGGACAAACUCUUCCCUGAAAAUGGAGAUGUGAUCAACUUUGCCAGCUGGUUUGGAUUUGCCUUCCCCAACAUGGUGCUCAUGCUGGUGAUCUCCUGGCUCUGGCUUCAGUUCUUGUUUCUUGGCUUGAACCUGAAGAAAACAUUUGGUUGUGGCAUGAAAAGUGACAGAGAUAAGGAAGCGUAUGCUGUGAUGAGAGACGAGUACAGGAAACUUGGCGGUAUGAAGUUUGCUGAGGGAGCAGUUCUCACCAUCUUCAUUCUGCUAGUGCUCCUCUGGUUCACCAGGGAGCCGGGCUUCAUACCCGGCUGGGCAACAGUGCUCUUCAACAAGAACGAUUCAUUUGUGACAGAUGGAACAGUGGCCAUUUUCAUGUCAAUGCUCUUCUUCGUCAUCCCUUCUCGGCUGCCCAAGUUUGGCAGCUAUGGUUUCACUGAAGCAGGAAAGAGGAUUAAGGCGCCUCCAACCCUGCUGAACUGGCAGGUGGUGCAUGAGCGGAUGCCUUGGAACAUCAUCCUGUUGCUGGGUGGAGGAUUCGCUCUGGCUGCUGGCAGUGAGGCUUCAGGUUUGUCCGUAUGGUUGGGAGAAAGUCUGACGCCGCUGCAGAAAGUGCCCCCUUUUGCAAUCUCCAUUCUGCUCUCUCUGUUGGUGGCAACUUUCACUGAAUGCUCCAGCAACACGGCCACCACCACUCUGUUCCUGCCUAUACUUGGUUCAAUGGCCUCAGCCAUCGAGAUACACCCUCUGUAUGUGAUGCUGCCUUGCACUAUCGCCGCCUCACUAGCUUUCAUGUUGCCUGUGGCCACACCACCCAACGCCAUUGCCUUCUCUUUUGGAAACCUCAAGGUGGUUGACAUGGUGAGAGCUGGAUUCAUGCUCAACAUCAUUGGGAUCCUCUGCAUUAAUUUAGGAAUCAACACCUGGGGAUAUGCCAUGUUUAACAUGGGCACGUUUCCUCAGUGGGCCAACACCACACACAGUCAACCCUGAGCUUCAAAGAGGGGUGGAAUUAAUGCCUUUAAUACCUGAGAAAGUAUUUCUAUAUCUAUUUUAGCAGAGCUGCUUGAUUGUUGGUAAGUUUGUAUGCAUAAUGCACAUUAUUCAAUAUUUUCCUAAUCCACUGACCAGUAAAAAGAAAAAAGAUGCAAAAAAGAUGCAAAAAAUACAAUCAUUUUUCCUGUAAAUACAAAAAAAAUGUGUCCAAAUUUGUAAAAUAGUUUUAAGCUCUCUACAAAUUGCAAGAAAUUGCAUAAUAAAAAAGUUGUUCAUAUAAAAAAAUACGUAUAUAUUUAAAGAUUUUGAAAAUAAAUUUUGCAAUUAUUGGAUUCUUACAGCAAAUUCAGAAGCACAUAAAGUGAAUGAAGCAUUAUAAACAAACAUUAAUCAGUGUUACUUGAUCGUGAUAUCCUUUUUAUUUUUACACACAGUUGAACUAAUAGGUUUAUUACCCACUGUGUUUAUAACUUCCUGAUAUCAAGUUUGAAAAAGUAAACAAAUACAGGUAAAUUCCUAGUAAACAUGUCCAUUAAACUGCCAUCCUCUUAUUAUUCAUCUCAGAUAUAGAUUCAGUGAAAAUUAUAAAUCCCAUAACCAAAUGGAUCCCUUACAUAAAAAAAAUGAUUUUAAAUGAGCGUAAAUUAACUUUAUCUGUUAAUUUAAUUUAUUGGUGUAAUUUUGUUGACUUUGGUUUUAUUCUAAUUUAUGGUGUUUGUCACUUUUGUAUAGUUUUCAUCUGAUGCAAACUUUGAAUUUGUUAUCUUGUGAUUUGUAAAUAACACAGUGCAGAACUUUUUGAUUGUUUACAUGAUGUACUGUUUUUUUUAUUAUAUCUAACAAAUAUGCACUUUAUUCUCUACUGGGAAAGGGAAUAAAAAACACAAGCUUUUUCAUUUAAACACUAAUUAUAAGGAUAAAAUAAAUUUGUCUGUUUAAAAUGAUGGUGAGGCAAACUUGCAAGAAGAUAAAAAAUUUUUUUAAAGCUAACGAGCCAAGUCCAUUAUAUGUCCCCUGUUGUCAUAGUUGACAUUAAAAGGAUCAGAAAAAAAUAAGUUAGAUGAAGAGUCAAUUAAAUGCUCUACUUCAUUAAUGACUGAAGAAAAAAGCUGACUGAAUAAAAACAGAAUCUCUGUUUUUGUGUUUUGCCCAAAUGCAAAUGAAUUUAGGACUAAAUGGGAGAAAAUGAAUGGAUGGAUGGUUACACUUUACAAUAACCAUCAUAACCAUAAUUUAUAGAUGGCAAAUAAACCAGUUUUUGAUGAGUUAUAGAGUUUGUUAAUGUUUGUUUCAUUUAUAAACAGCAUCUAAACAUAAAAACAGCAUUCACCUAAUAUAAAAGGUAAAUAGUUAAUUUAUCAAAAUGUUAAAUAAACUAUAAAGGCUAAACUCAGGUCUUAAAUUAGCUGAUGUAAGGGUUAGGGAUAAACUAACAUGGCAGGGCAAUAGGAUUUAUGUACCUUUUAUUAGACUUAGACAAUUUUUAUUGUAAUUUCUUAUGCACUGAAUAAAUACAAAACAAAAUUUAAUUGUGUACAGCUUACAAAAGUGGUAAUAAAAUUGCAGUUGGAGUAGAUAAACAUUAUCAAUACAAAGAGCAGCAGUGAUGACAAUCAAUGUAGGAGAAAAGAAACCUCUUUAAACAAUGGUGCAAAAGGGUAUUACCGGUAACAGUUUGUUAACAGCUUGGAUGCAGUUUAUAAAUGAUUAUUAAACAUUAAUAAACUAUCUGUUAAUCAUUACUAAAUUGUCUCUUUAUUAUUUAUAAUUUAUGCUUAGGAUGAUUAUUGCAAAGUGUUACUGUUUUUUUUCUAAAUUUCAAAAUAAGUGUCAGCUACACAACAUGAGGAAAAGAAUAUUCUAAAUAUUCUACUUAAUGUGUCUUUUUUCAGCAUUUAGGUGAUAUAUUACAUUAGCUAUUUGUUCUGUAUUGCAACGUGUGUUUCAUUAGAAUUUAGGAAAGUUGGCUAAGAAAUGAAAAAAAAGGAAAAAAUUGAUUUGCACGACGAGUAAAAAGUAUUCCUUUAAAAUCCAUUUAUCACCAUAAUGUUUUUUUAUUCUUUUAUUUCUGUAGCUUGAGGUAAUUGUAUUAGGUUUGAUGUCUGAAGUAAAAGAAAUAAAAAAAAACUAUAAGUUUAAAACUAAUAAAGCAAUCUGAAGUCAGGUUUCAUUGCAAAAAGCAUAAGCCACCAAUAUUGUUAUUUUUAUUAGGAUUUGAAGUUUAUUUUGCCAAUUAGAAACAAAGACAGACAAGACAGAAAUAAAUCAUAACAGUACAAAGAAAUCCAAAUCACAUAAUUAAUUACGCUCUGGAAUAACUCUGGAAUCAGCUCAGUCCACUUUAAAUGAUAGCAA